UAUUAUUUUUUUUGGUGGGGGGGAAGUUUGCCUAUUUUCUUGGUGAACUUACUCACCAAAGGAGGCCUUUAACGUCAAGAAACCAACGUUACAAAAUGAAGAGCCUCAAGUAUCGAUUGAAAAAGCACGAAGUUACCAUCACAAACACAGACUGGAACAAGUAUGACGAUCGGCUGAUGAAGGCAGUGGAACGCGGCGAGGUGGACAAGGUGGCCGCUGUUCUUGGCAAGAAAGGCAUCAUCCCCACCAAGCUCGACGUGGAGGGACGUUCUGCGUUUCAUUUGGCUGCAACGCGAGGACACCUGGAAUGUCUCAAUCUCAUCCUGGGACACAAUGUUGACAUCACUGCAACUGAUGCCACUGGUAAAAACGCUCUUCAUCUGGCUUCAAGAAAUGGACAUUCUCUGUGUGUGCAGAAACUCUUGCAGCACAACUGUCCAGUUGGAAAUGUGGACCUACAGGGAAGAACAGCUCUACAUGAUGCUGUCAUGGCUGGCUGCUCCUCCAGCGUGAAACUUCUCUGUGACAGCGGAGCGUCUGUGAACACCAGUGAUUUUGAUGGCAGGACACCUCUGGUGCUGGCAACCCAAAUGUGUCACCCACGCAUCUGUCAGCUGCUGCUGGAGCGAGGGGCUGAUAUCACCAUCCGAGACAAACAGAACAAGACGGCGCUCAUUCUGGGCUGCGAGUACGGCUGUAAGGAUGCAGUGGAGGUGUUGUUAAGGAACGGCGUUGACGUGAAGGCAGUUGACGGCUUGGGUCACGACGCAUUUCACUACGCCCGUCUCAGCAAGAACCAGGAGCUUGUUGCCAUCGUCAAAAGCUACCUCGACAAGGCCAGCAGAGAUAAAGAGGCUGCGAAGAUUGAACAGUGGAAGCGACAGCAUUCAGUGGAGAGGUCAGAGGCAGAGGUUACCAGAAGGGAUCAGAUCAUACAUGACCUGGAGAGGCAGAAUGAGACCCUGCAGGAAAGUCUGAGGAACUACCACCAGGAUCAGAGGGCCCUGUUAGAACAGGUCAACAUGCUACAGGAGCAGCUCACACAGGAAAAGAUGACUGUUGAAGACACUAAAAAAGAGAAGGAGCAGUUGAAGGUGUUACUCAGUGCCAAAGAAAGAGAGGACGGUGCACGAGGCCUGGAGACUGUCAAGGUCCAGCUCAGAAGCACUUUGGGGGACUACUCUGGGCAGUCUGUCAUCAAAGGUAAAGAAAACAUGUUGGUCCAUCAAGCUCACAGCCUGGAUUCUGAUCAGAUGCUCAAGAACCCUGCUCUGACGCGUUCACUGUCCAGACCGUUAGAGAAGAAUCAGGCCGCUGCAGGUUGGGACGUCACUGGUGAGCUUGAUGCACUCCGACGUGAACUUGAGGCUGUCAAGAGAAGGCAACAAGCAGCGGAGGAAGAGACAGCUCGGCUUCAGUCCGCCCUGAACCGUAAAAACCGUGAGUGUCAAGAACUGGCUCAGAGCAAAGACACCAUCCAGAAACAGGCUGAUCAGCAGGUUCAAGAACUAGAGGACGCCUUGGGGGACGUCCAGAAGAGGAUGCUUGAUUCUGAAUGCAAGGUGAAGCAGCUGCAAGCCCAUGUGGUCGCAGUUAAGGAGCACUUAGGAGGGCAGGCAACAGAAGAGCUGCGUGCCCAGCUCCAGGAUGUCAAGGCUAAGUAUGAAGGUGCCUCAGCCGAGGUGGGUCGGGUUCGUAAUCGUCUCAAACAGAGUGAGAAGGCCUUGGAGGAGUACAAGAGCAGCGAGAACCAACUAGCAGCUGAGGCUGAAAGGUUGAGCGAAGAGGUGGGAGCUCUCAAUGCAGAGAGAGAUGAACUGGCAGAAACCCUCGUGGAAAUGGAAGCCCAGUUGAAGGAGGUUCAGACUAAACAUGGCAACACGGUACCAGCUGAAAAGUUUGACAACAUGAAAAACCUGCUGACCAAUGCAGUUGAUGAGAAGGAACGGCAGAUUGCUGAGCUGAGAGAGGACUAUGAUCGUGUACUAGAGGAGGUGGCGGAUCUCCAUCGAAGGCUAGAUAGUCCAUCAUCCCAGGGAGGAGCAGGGGCAAUGUCUUCUGAGGAGCAACAAAGGAUACAGGCAGCUCUCGAGGAGCAGAAUGCUUCACUGAAAAGGAAACUGGUCGAUGUGACUGCAAAAAGCCAGUCACUAAUUCAAGAGGUUGAGGAGAGCGAGGAAGAAAGAGAUUUACUACGAGAGCAGCUGGAUGAGCUCAACAGCAGGGUUGAGGUUGACUUCGUACCCAUAAAGAUCCACGAUGAAGCUCGGAUGAACAUGGUGAAUGCUUUGGAGGAACUGGAGGACAAGCUGGUGGAAGCCAGUGAACGUUACGGAAAGGCAGAGGCACAAGUCCAACAGCUUCAAACCGAGAGGGCCACUCUGCAGGAGAAUAUCAACGGCCUCCAAGGUGUGAGUGAGAGACACCAGAGUGAAAUGGACGCUCUGAGUUCUCAGAAUGCCGACUUGAUUGAGAAACUUGAACUUAUGCAGAAGAGAUGUGAAGAUAGAGAUAACGAGUGUGUACAACUGACAGCACAGAGCCAGACUCUGAAACAGAGCCUGGAGGGAGAGUAUGUAUCCGUACAGCAGCAUGAACAAAUGAAGAUGGAGUUAAGUUCCAUUAUAGAGAGUGUUAAAGCUGAGAAGUUAAAGUUGGAGACCAAGGAAAAAGAAAGUGGAGAAGAAUUGAAGAAUGUGAAAGAAGGAAACGACAAGUUGAAAGAAAAGCUGGAAGAGGUUCUGUUGGAGAUGAAAAGAGACUAUAUAAGUGUAAAAGAGCACAAAUCAAUCACAGACAGGUUGAACACUGCUGUGGUUGAGGCAGAGAAUAAAGCAAACCAAGUAUCAGCGAUGCAUAUAUUGGCCCAGGAGGAAACAGGAAAGCUUACUCAAGAAUUGGAGGCCCAGAAGAUAGAACUCGAUACCAUACAGGAGGCCAUUCAGUCCAAGUUUAUCCCACUGACAGCGGCUGAGGAAAAGGAAAACACUUACAGUACGCAGGUGAAGGAGUUAACGGUCAAACUGCUAGAAAUGGAAGAGAAAUAUAACAAAGAGAAAUCUGCCAGAGAGUGCAACAAACAGGAGGAAGAGAAACUAAAAGUUGAGAUCGAAUCUGUUCAACAAAGACUAGACACUGCUCUUAUUUCUAGUGAAAAGCAGAAGGAAGUUGAGGAAGAGUUCAAGGGCAAAUGUGAGGAAUUGACUCUGAAGUUGGUCAACCUGGAGCAGGAGCACAAAGAGUUGACCCUUCAGAAAGCUGAAUUUCAAGACCAGAACACCCUCUGCAACACCCAGAUCCAAAAUCUCCAGGACCGUCUGAAAUCGGAGUUGACUCGGAUCACAACGUACGACACGGAGCUUCAAGCCCUUCGUGACGCCAUGCAGCAGGCUCAGGCUGAUUGCAAGAAAGCAAGAGAGUCUCAACAGGAGGAGGCCCAGAGGGUUUGUGCCUUGCAGAAAGAACUGGAGGAACGCUGCGGGGAUCAGGCUUCUCUGCUGCAACAACAGGUCACGACCAAGGACGCCCUGGAGGCUGAAGUCGCCAAGCUGCGAAUGGCGCUCCGCGAAGAGGAGGAGAACAACGCACAGAGGGUCGAGGAUGUCUCCGCUCUCCAAUCUGAGCUCCUUCAAGCCACUCAGGCUCUGGAGGAGCUUCGCUAUAAGGAAGACCAAAUGAACCAGCUGAAUAAAGAGAAGCAGCAGCUGGAGCAGGAGGCUGCCAACCUGAGCAACAAGCUAUUGAGCUUAGCAGAGGAGUGCAAAGAGGUCCAUCAGGAAGCAUCUCAAGCAAAAGAGGGUGAGAGCAAGGCCAAGACAGAGAUGGAGGUUGUCCAGGAGAAGGGACGUGUCAUUGAAAGAGAAAUUAGGGAGCUGAAAGAGCGAUACGACGAGUCACUCGGCACCAUCUGUGAUCUUCAGAGGAGGAUUCAGAUGUCCGCUCAGCAGACUGAAGCCAAAGACAAGAAGAUCACAGAGUUGCUGACAGACGUUGAGCGAUUGAAGCAGGCACUGAAUGGUCUGUCCCAGCUGGCAUACACGAGCAACGCCCCCCAUAAGAGACAGACGCAGCACAUCGACACUCUUCAAGCGCAGAUCAAGAGCCUACAGCAGCAGCUGGCUGAUGCUGAGAGGCAACACAGAGAGGUGGUUUCAAUUUAUCGAACUCAUCUUCUCAGUGCAGCACAGGGCCACAUGGAUGAGGAUGUCCAAGCCGCCUUACUACAGAUCAUCCGCAUGAGACAGGAGUUUGUGUGUUGAAGCUCCUCCAACCAAAUAUGAUGCCUCCUGCUGACUCAAAUUCACCAUUCUCACAUCCUCUGCUGCAGAAAGUCCCUGCUGUGGCCCCUGUGGGUGCCCAGUGUGUGUGUG